AUGUCAUUAUUCGGUUUAACCUCAUUGAGAGACCUCACACUCAGUCUCGGCCUCGGCGAAUUCCCGGAUCAGUUCGGCAGGCUGAAAUUCCUGAAGAGGUUGACACUGGAGUGCCUGCACAUCACAGAUCUGCCAGAUUCGAUCGGCCAGCUCACAGCAUUGACCGAGCUGAGCAUUUCCAACUGCAAGCGGCUACAGGACCUGCCGGAUUCCAUCGGCAAUCUUCGUUCGUUACAGAAGCUGGAACUUUUCCGCGCGAAGCCGUUAGAAGUUCUCCCUGACAGCAUCGGCCAGCUGCAGAACCUCGAAAAUCUUUUUCUCUACCACAACCGGUCCCUUUGCGAGCUGCCGGAUUCCUUCUUUCAUCUCCUGUCUCUCAAGGUUCUCAAGCUGUGGAAAUUGAAAGAUCUUCCGGAGCUUGAUAGCGCUGUGUCGAAUCUCGUGAAUCUCGAAAUGCUUCAGAUUGACAAAUGCUGGUUCGAGUCGCUCCCGGAUUCCAUCUGCCAGGUUCCCAACCUCCGUCGCCUGAUGGUCACCGACUGCUGGGAUCUUACCAGCCUUCCGCGAAGCAUCGGCGACGUAUCUUCACUGCAGCGUCUGAAAUUCAGGGAUCUCGGAGUGACGCAGCUGCCAGGCUCCAUUUCAAAGCUGUCCGAUCUUCGAUCCUUCGUCUUGAAAGGAUGCGGUACCAUCACCGAGGUCCCGACUUCUCUCUUCCAAGACUGCACGAACUUAGUGAAACUUGAGUUUGACUGGCCAUACAGCUGCAGAAAUGGCGGCCAGGCUGGAGGAGCACCUUCAGCUGAAGCCUUUGUGUCCAAUAUUUGCAGACUAUCCAGCCUGACAUCCCUUGUUCUGUCUGGUGUUCCAGAUCUCAACACCCUUCCUCCCCAGAUUGGUAAUCUCUUGGGACUGGAGCGGCUGAAACUUCGUUUUUGGAACAAACUGACGAGCUUGCCUGAUUCUAUGUCCAAGCUCGUCCGCCUUUACACUCUUGAUAUUGUUGCCUGCCCGGCUUUCGAUAAAACGAUCAAUGAGAUCCCUGGAAGUGAAGUCCUUUCUUCCGCCUGCGCUGUGAGCGUCUCUCCCGCCAAUGGGGCCACACGCAGCCGCACAUCCGCCGUUGCCCCUAUCCGCGCGUCAGCGCAGGCGGAAAACCAACCUUCCGCCCACCCCUCCACUUCCGCCACUCCCCCUUCCGCCGCUUCCCCCGAAGCCCUCCCCAGACGCUCCGUGCUCGCGGGCGGACUCCUCGCGUUGGCUUCCGCCACCCUCUCCGCUUACCUCCCACUACCCGCCCUCCCUCCCGUCGCGCACGCCGCCGCGGACGCCGCCGCAACGGCAGAAGCCGCGGGCGGAAGCGAGCUGCUGAAAGGGCUGCGAUCCGCGUUCGAUUCGGAGGAGGUGACGGCGAGCGGGCGGCGGCUUCCGAAGGCGUACGUGCGGAGUGUGACGGCGCUCGUCAGCAGCCUGCGCGACGCGCUGGGCGCGGAGGAGGGCGAGCGGGGGGAGUUCCGGCGCAAGGCGGAGGUGGCUAAGGGCGCCAUCCGCGCGUACCUUGGGGAGUGGCGGGGGAAAGCACCGGAGAACACUGAGAUCAUCACCUCCUCUCUCGACUCUGUGCUCAGAACGCUCUCCCGCUUCUACAUGCGCACUGGAGUCAACGCGAAGCUCCCUGCUGACGUUAGAGACGGAAUCCUUGCUGACCUGGCACUUGCAGAAGCUGCGUUGUAA